AUGGCUACCAUGGAGAAAGUCUUCGCAGGCUACCAUGCCCGACUGGCGACCUUAGAAGCCACAUAUGACAAGAAUCCAUUUGCUAGGGGAAUUGCCUGGGUUCAGGGAGAGCUCGUCCCCCUCGACGAGGCUCGCGUCCCGCUGCUGGAUCAGGGCUUCAUGCACAGCGAUCUAACCUACGACGUGCCGUCGGUCUGGGACGGUCGCUACUUUCGCCUAAAAGAUCACCUGGAUCGACUAGAGUCCAGCUGCAAGAAGAUACGUCUGCAGCUUCCUCUACCCCGCGAAGAAGUCGAAAAGAUCUUGGUCGAGAUGGUGGCCAAAAGUGGCAUUCGCGAUGCCUUUGUUCAGCUUAUCGUGACCCGCGGUUUGAAGGGUGUCCGCGGACACACCCCGGGUGAGGUCUUAAAAAAUAACCUUUAUAUGUUUGUCCAGCCUUUUGUCUGGGUUAUGGACCCCGAGAUCCAGCCCACCGGCGGCAAGGCUAUUGUGGCUCGGACAGUGCGACGUAUCUCUCCAGGGUCUAUUGAUCCGACUGUGAAGAACCUGCAAUGGGGAGAUUUUAAUCGUGGACUUUUCGAGGCUGCCGACCGCGGUGCUGUCCACCCCUUCUUGACAGACGGGGACGGGAAUCUUACAGAGGGUGCCGGCUUCAAUAUCAUUCUGGUCAAAGACGGCGUCCUCUUCACGCCCGAGCAUGGCGUUCUACAAGGCGUCACCCGUAAGAGCGUUGCCGAUGUCGCCAAAACCCUAGGCUUUCUAGUGCGUAUCGAGCACGUACCGACAGAUCUAGCCUACAACUGUGAUGAGAUUUUCAUGUGUACCACUGCCGGCGGUAUCAUGCCUAUCACGGAACUUGACGGUAACCCGGUAAAAGAUGGCAAGGUUGGUCCCAUCACGAAACAGAUCUGGGACGCCUAUUGGGAUAUCCACUACGAUCCAAAAUACACCUUCGAGAUUGACUACGCUGCUGGUGUUGCGAAGAGUGUAUCUUAA